UUUUACAGUGUAAAAACAUGAUUUUGAGCAGGAAAGCCUUAAAUUAUUUGUUUUUCCUGCGAGUUAGCACCUGGUUAAUUUUAACAUCUACAUAUUGUUUGAUGUUUCCUCUUUAAAAUGACAUGAAAAAUGUUGUCAGUGGUAAAACCUAAACCAGGAUUCAGGCCAAGUAUCAGAGUUCUGCUGAUCAGGAGAACAAAUGAAGGCAGACCUGUGGAAACACUGGUGAUAUCAGGAUGAUCGACAUGUAGAUGAACCUGUUGAGCCCGAUGGGCCCGGUUCAGGACCUACAGAGAAAUGAAGGAGAAAAACUGGACUUAAAGGGUUUAAAAAAAUAGGAAUCUGAAAAAAAGAUCAUUUUGACCAAAUCUGACUGAAUCCUCAGUUUGAUGUGAUGGGUCACAUACGGGAAAAUCAAAUGAUCAAUAUCUGAAGAUGAUUGGUCUAAAUAAAUUAUUUGAUUGAUCCAUUGUGCUGAGUCAUGCUUACUGCAUGUUUUUGCUGUGACACAAAUGAGAGAACAUCAAAACCAAACAUUAACUUCAUGUCUAGAUUAUUACAUCAGUCCAGUUUCAUUGUUCAUAAACUCAGGAUGAGAGAAAUAUUAAUUAAUAAAGAUUAAUAAUGUUUACGUUUCCUAACAGAUGAAAACAUGAUUUUAUUUUCAGAUGUCAGCUCUUGAAUGCAGAUGAAUAAAAUCCUUAAAAACAGUGAGAACAAAUUGUACCGAUGUUUGAAACAAACGAGGCAGAACAAAAUCAAAACUUUCAGUUUUUUUUAAAAGUUUAAACACAAAAAGUGUUUUAAGUUUAUUGACUUCUGUCACUUUCUGUAGCUCGGUAUAAAAUCAUGUUCAAACACAUGAUUUGUUUUUGAUGCUGUAAAUAUUUUCUGCACAUUCAGAGACUUAAAAGAGUCAAAAAGCCAAAGAAACAUUUUGCUGAUGAGUGACAGUUUGUAACAGACCCGUCUCUGAGGGCUUUAUUUUGACUCUCAGGAGGAUUUCCUCUGUGUAACGGCGCUGAACAGGGAUUUCACAACAACGGGUCUGAGACGUUUGUCUUUAAUGAUCCUGCCUGCAGUGGAGCUCGCUCAGUUUCUUCUUCAGCUUUCAGGUGCAAACCGAGGCGACUGUGAGCCAACGCUCUGCAACCAUGAACUGAGUGAUGCCUUCAGGAACUGGUUAAAGGGAAGACAGGCGGUGAAAAUGGUUCUUUUUCUCCUGUUUCUGUGCGUUCGCUGCAUCCUGCCUGUUUGCAGCCUUUUUCAGGGGUCCUGUCCCAGAAAAGAUCCUCCUCCAGGUGUGCUGGUCGUGGCUCCAGGUACCAGCCUGGUUCUGAGCUGCAGCGGUGAUGUGAAGCUGAAUGGAGCAGAGGUCAUCCUGACCUCCUCCAGCAUCAACAGAAACCAACCUGGCUCAGUCAGAACCUCGGUCAGAACCGGGGCCUCUCUGCAGAACUCUGUGAGCCAGAGGAACCUGGGUCCUGCAGCAGGAGGAGACCCAGACCUGGGGUUCUCAGGUACAGCCGGUCCAACCCCCAGCAGCAGGACAGCAGCAGACUCAGACCAGGAGGAUGAGGGUCAGCUGAAGGUCACCGGAGACGAGACUCUGAGGCGUCACUGGACCUGGAGCAAACUGUCGGGUCAGAACAAAGAGGAACACACGGUCAUCAGUCAGGAAGAGGUUCUGUCUCUGGAUCCAGUGACGGUGAUGAACACAGGCAAAUACUCGUGUUACAGCAGAGGUGAGGAGAGCUUCACUGUCACAGUCAUCGUCACAGAUCCUCCUGAGACUCCCAGUCUGUCCUGCUAUAAAAAGUCUCCCUCGAGUGAAAUCCUCUGUGAGUGGAGGCCUCAGAAACCCGUCGUGAAGCGUUUUAACUGUCACCUGUUUCUGAAGAAAGGUGAAGCCCGACCCCCCAUCGAACAUUACAGCCAAACAAAAGGACAGGUGUGGGAGGAAGGUAGAGGUCACCUGGAGCUUACCCCUCACCUGGAAGCAGCAGGACAGCUUCUACAAGCUAACGUAUGAGAUCAGAUACAGACAUGUGAGGUCAAAGUACCAACAGGUGUAUGAGGUGGAACAGGUGCGCUCCUACACCAUCACCGACGCUCUGCCUGGUGACCAGUACCUGAUCCAGCUCCGAGUCAGAGAGGAAUACGAUGGUCUGUGGAGUGAGUGGAGUCCUCCUGUCUCCACCAGGAGCUGCAGGGCUGUAGAGAUUACAGAUUAUUUCCCAACCCCAACGCCCACCUGGGACUACUCAGGCUCUGGUUUUCCAGACGAUGAGGAUGAAGGCUCUAAACGUGACACAGACAAGAAGCCGCAGUUUGUGUUUUGGAUUUCUGCUCUUUUUGCCUUUUUUUCAGCUGUUUUGGCUGUCUACGUUUUCAGACACAGGGACAUAUUUUUUUCUAAACGCUACAAACUUCUUGCCAUCGCUUGGUGUGGCGACUUGUCUCCACCUCCACCCCCCGCCACAGCAGCCCUGAAGGGGGAGACGCUGGCGACCUUUGCCCCUCAGCUUUCCGAGGAACGCCCGCCGCAGAGUGACGUCCAGGAAGAGGAAGAAAAAGAGGAAGAAGAAAGUGUGACGGGCUGCGUAGAAACCAUGAACUUUAACAACACCAGUUAUUUCUUUCUGCAGAGUGAGAUGUGAACAUUCGUUAAAGAAAAAAUAAGCUUUGCCAGCUUUUUUCACUUGUUUUGCACUUUAGAGCCUAAGAAACUUAAAAUAAUGAAACUCAGUGGAUUUAUAUAGACUGUAAAUAAAAUGUUAUGUUUUAACUUUG